AUGUUGUAUGAAAUUAAAGUAGAGAACGGUGAACCAGCUGAUAUUUAUGAAUGGAAGAAUUCCGAACUACCAGAAUUGUUUAGUUACGAAUUUUCUGCCGACAUACUUAACUUGUUGUUAGAAUAUGACGUAACUGCAAUUAGUAUAAGCGAAACUUUAAUAACAAUAAGUACAUUAGAUAAUGAAAUAGUAAUUUUCAGAAAAAAUAAAGAAUUUACCAGAAUUGGGAAAACCAGAGUAAAUUUUAGAACUAAAGAGGAAAUAUUUAGGCUCAUAGCUCUAGAUGAGAACAAAAAACUACUACAUGCACUUAGCAAUAAAGAUGAGUAUUUGGUUUAUAAGAUAAAUUUUUCUUCAGAAAAAAUUGAAAUUAUAAAGAUCUUUAGAGAACUUGAAGUUAUUAAUUUCUUUUUUAAUAAAAUUAAUUACACAAUUUUACUAAUAUUAAAAAGUGGAAAGUGUAUUAUUUUAUCUUUAGAAAAUGAAUUAGAUUACAAAACUAAAGUAAUCAGAACUAAUGAAAAAAUUAUUAAUAAUUGCAAAAUCAAUGCAAUAUGGAAUUCUAAAAAUCAGACAGUUUUGUGGAAUAUUGGACAUAAACUAUACUUAUAUAGUUAUAGUUUAGACAAGUUAUUUUUGAAUAUAAAUUUGAAGAAUUAUCUUACAAUAGAUGAGAGAGUGAGUAUGAAUAGAAUACUUAUUCAUUAUAGUCAGGGAAAUAUAUAUAUUUUGGUUAAGAAUAAAGUUUUUUUGUUUAAGAUAUUAAAAGAUGAAAAAGAAGAAUACAUUUUUAACUUUAAAUUAAUAUACAAGAUGAAAGAUGUUUACUCAGCCAUUGAUAUUUCAAAUAUUGAAAUCCAACCUCUGAAUUUAAUUUAUACAUGUAUUAUGGCUAUUUUAAGUAAUUCUAAAGAUCAAAUUAAUAUAUUUAUAUUUGAUCCUUUCUUCAGAAUUGUAAAACAUGAUAUAAUACAUUGUAAAAAAAGACUUUUAAAAGAUUUCAGAAGAUAUAAGUAUUUAAAUGAAUCUGAUUAUGUUAAUUUGGAACAUCUUUUGAGUGUACCAAGAUUUCUAAAGCUUGAAAAAAACCAACUAUUAAUACAUAAAAAUAGAAAUCAAUCAUUUCUAAAGAUGGAAUCAAUGGGAAUGGAUGAGAUUUUUAUUUCAUGUAUGAAGAAAUCUUUUGUAAAUAAUUCUCUUUUUUUGAUUAAUUGUGACAUUUCAAAAGAAAUGGAGACAUGUCUUAUGGUUAAUUACAUUAAAAAAAAUAAAAACUCAGUUGAAUUUGUAGAUAAGGUACUUUCAAAGAGACAAAUAUUAAAAGACACAAAACAGGAAUUUGAUUUGUAUAUUGAUUUAUUCAGCUAUUUUGGUAAUUUUUAUGACUUUAUAAUUUAUCUAAAAGACUCUGACAGUUUUUUAAAGAUGUUUAUAGAAAUUAAAGAUUUACAGUGGUACUCAAAUUUUGUUUCUAUGUUGUAUAAAAAAGACAUUACUUUAUUCUACUAUGUAAUUAAUAAUCUUCCAAUUCAUAAAAUAAUUAUGGAACUUGAUUGGAAUAACAAAAUUUACUCUGGACUUUUGUUUUUCAUGGAAACUAAUACUGAUUUAGAUUUGAAGGGUUUUGGACAUGGAUUAUGUAAUCAUGAUAUUUCAAAUAGCUACCAGGUUAAUUCAAAAGAUAACAAAAACAUUGCUUACUACUAUUUGAGCUAUAUUGAGGUUUUAUCUUGGGUAAAGGUAUCUCAGGAACAAACUAUUAUUAAUUGUCUUCAUUUGCUUGAAAUAAUACCCGAAAAUGAAAUGAUAAAAGAUUCAGUUAUCAAUUAUUUUAAUAUGUAUUCCAAAAAUUGUCCAAAUAAAGUGAGAAAAUUUAUAUUUGAGAAUGUUUCCUGUAUAUUAAAUACCAACAAUUACAUAAUUAUUGGAAUAUUAUUAUACAAUAAUAUAAUCGGCGAAUAUAAUUAUUUAUAUGAUAUCAUUAAAAAUAAAAAAAAGGAUUGCUUUAUAUUUUUGAAACAGUUAUUAUUCUAUCAGAGUAAUUACAUUAGUAACAAAUUUACCAAUAUUUCAGACAACCAACAAAUAAAUAUACAUUUAGAAGAGGUAAUUGACUUUUUUAAUUCUCACCUAAAUAACAUUAUUGAGAUCUAUUUAGAAUUCUCAGUACAUGAAUUUUUGAACUUUAUUACAAUUAAUUAUGGAUUAUUUAGUUCCGAGAAUUUAAAUUAUUUGGCAGAAUUGGAUACAUCAAAUAUCCUAGAGAACGUUAAAUAUGAUUUAUAUUCUGAGAAAAAAUAUAUUAUUGAAGUUAAGUCAAUUGCAAUGUUUUUAUUAAAUAAUAAGACCAGUGCAUUAAAACUACUAUUAGAUAAUGGAAUAAUUUUCAGUAGUUUAUCUUUAAUUAUAUAUUUUAAUUCAGAUGGGGAAAAUAUAUGGAAAGAAUUUAUUAAUAUGGUUUUAAAUAGUAACAUUACAGAAUCCAAUCAAUUGGAUAACUUUAUAUUUUGGUAUGAAUAUUUUAUUUGUAAUCCAACAGAUGGUUUACCUGAAAGUUAUAUUUUGGAUGUUUUAUCUAAAUUUAGUUUUCCAAAAAAUCAGCUUUUGUUUAACAUCCUUAGAAAAGACCUUUUUAAAAGCUCAAGCUAUUCAUUUGAUUGCUGCAAUUACCAUAAAAUUCCUUUUAAUGGUAAGUAUUUAAUUCCAAAAAUUAAGAAAUUAAUUAUUGAAUGUAUUAAGUCCUUUAAAGAAGGAUUAGAGAACAAAAACCUUAUUAGUAAUAAAAAAAUACAUGAAAAAUACCUCAAAUUUCAAAUUGAGUUGGCAUGCACCAAUAUUGAUUUUUGCAAUCGAGAGAGUAAUCGAAAUAUUAAAGAAUAUAUAAAUAAUUUACCAAAAGGUUCAUCUUUGAAUUAUAAUACAGAUUUAUGUUCAUUAUGCAACUCUAAAUUGUUUUUUUUAGAAAACAGAAAACUUUCGAGCAAAGUAAUUCUCAAUCACUGUAAGCAUAAUUAUCAUUACGAAUGCUAUUUAAAGCAUGUACAUAUUUACGAAAAGAGUCAAAAAUACAAAGUUGGUAUUGAAAACAAAAUUUCGAAGAACAAUAUUAAAUGUAUUAUUUGCCAAUAUAAAUUAUUAAUUAAUAAUAAUUUUUAG